AUGGUUAUGGAGGUCGAUAUAGUUUCCAAACAACUUAUCAAACCCACUUCUUCAACACCUCACCAUCUUACAACACACAAGCUUUCCUUUUUGGAUCAGUUCGUUCCUUCAUCUUAUUAUCUUCCUACGGUAUUCUUCUAUGUGAACCAAGAAACAAGAAGGAUCAAGGACCAUCUUUCCAUCGCUCGUAAUGAUGAGGGAGCUUACUAUGUAGAGGCUAGAGUUAACCUUCCACUUUGUGUAUUUCUCAACCUCCCUGAUUCAUCUUAUGUUUCUCAACUCCUCCCUGAAUCUAAUUGGACUGAAACGAGUGCAGGAGGUUAUUAUAUAGCCAUGAUACAAGUCACCAACUUUGCAUGUGGUGGCAUUGCUAUUGGCGCAUUCCUCUCCCACAGUGUGGCAUACCCCAGGAAGGCAACCUAUUUAGGAAUGGUCAACCCAUUUGUCAAAAAGGGAAUAUGGCAGUCGAGGAGAAUUGUUUUUGAUGCGUCAGCAAUAGCUUCACUGAAGGCCAAAACAGCAAGUUCAAGUGUGCCAUAUCCAACACGGGUCGAGGUUGUUUCAGCCCUCCUCAGCAAGUGUAUUAUGGCUGCUUCCAAAGCAAAAUCCGACAUCCCGAAGUCAACUCUUAUAACGCAUGCAGUGAAUCUUCGUCAAAGGGCUAGACCACAAGUCCCAAAGUAUUCAAUGGGAAACUUCCUAUGCUUAGCAGCUGCACUAGUGACGGCAAAGUAG